CUACGCAUGCGUUGUAUACGGCGACUUACUGAAGAGUGGAAAACUGCUGCAUCUCUACAACAGGCCUACCGUAAAACGAACAGAGCAAAUGGAUCUAUAGCAAAAGUCAGAUCGCUAAGUACUUAAGUUCUGAGAUUAAAAUGGAUUCGGCACAUACUUUCACUUGUGAAGAAAUCCUUCAACGUCUCAAUGUAUCGGUUAAAGAUGGACUAAAUUCUGAACAAGUAGAGAGACUCAGGGAAAAAUACGGUCUCAACGAACUGCCACCAGAGGAAGGCAAACCACUGUGGAAAUUGGUUUUAGAACAAUUUGAUGACUUACUCGUUAAAAUUUUACUUGUAGCAGCUGUUAUUUCAUUUGUUCUUGCAUUUUUCGAAGAUGCAGAGGACCGAACAACAGCAUUUGUAGAACCAUUUGUCAUUCUGUUAAUUCUGUUUCUCAACGCUGUCAUAGGGGUUUGGCAGGAGCGUAAUGCUGAAAGUGCUAUUGAGGCUCUAAAAGAAUAUGAACCAGAAAUAGCAAAGGUUCUUAGAGUGGGGAAAGCUUCUGUUCAAAAAAUUAAGGCUAAAUAUCUAGUACCCGGGGACAUAGUAGAGGUUUCAGUUGGUGACAAAAUUCCCGCUGAUACUCGGAUAAUAGACAUAACUUCAACGACUCUGAGGGUGGAUCAGUCAAUUCUCACGGGUGAAAGUGUCAGUGUAAUUAAGCAUUGUGAUCCAAUUCACGAUGAAAGAGCAGUUAACCAAGACAAGAGGAACAUGCUUUUCUCGGGCACCAAUGUUUCAGUGGGAAAGUGUAUCGGGGUUGUCAUUGGUACUGGACUUAAUACAGAGAUAGGUAAAAUUAGAAACAAAAUAGUUGAAACUGAAAAUGAGAAAACGCCCUUGCAAAUGAAGCUUGAUGAAUUCGGAGAACAGUUAUCAAAGGUCAUCACAUUGAUAUGCAUUGCUGUAUGGGCCAUUAAUAUUGGACAUUUCAGUGACCCAGUUCAUGGUGGCUCGUGGAUCAAGGGUGCUGUGUACUACUUUAAGAUAGCUGUUGCCUUGGCUGUAGCUGCUAUUCCAGAAGGCCUUCCUGCUGUCAUCACUACAUGUUUAGCUCUUGGAACAAGACGAAUGGCGAAAAAAAAUGCAAUUGUAAGAUCAUUACCAUCAGUUGAAACCCUUGGCUGUACUUCUGUCAUCUGUUCUGACAAAACAGGGACCCUUACAACUAACCAGAUGUCUAUCAGCAAGUUGUUUGUUGUUGAUGACCUAGACAAUGGUGCUGCCAAAUUUGCUAAUUUUGAUGUUAGUGGAACAACUUAUGAGCCGAUAGGAUCUGUCACAAUCAAUGACGCACCAGUUGGAAUACAACAGUAUCCGGCGUUAGAAGAGUUGGCCACCAUCUGCUCUUUAUGCAAUGAUUCUGGGGUGGAUUACAAUGAGUCAAAGAAAUGCUACGAGAAAGUUGGUGAAGCUACAGAAACAGCGUUGAUUGUAUUUGUGGAAAAGAUAAACAUCACUGGCGUGGAUCUUUCGAAGAAAACAAAGGCCGAAAAAGCCCACGCUUGCAACGAUGCUUUGCGUUCAAUGUACAACAAGGAAUUCACCUUAGAAUUUUCACGUGACCGGAAAUCGAUGAGUGUUUACUGCUCACCAAAAAGCAAUGGGCCUGCUACCAGAUCACAUCAGAAAGAUGGACCAAAAAUGUUCGUAAAGGGCGCUCCUGAAGGCAUUUUGGAUCGUUGUUCGUAUGUCAGAAUAGGAAAGGACCGCAAAGAAAUGACUGAUGAGUUGAGAUCCAAAAUAAUCGAACAAAUUGGCUUAUACGGCACAGGCAAAGAUACUUUGCGAUGUCUUGCCCUCGCCACUGUAGACAGUCCUCCGAAUGUUAAAGCAAUGGAUCUGGCCGACUGCACACAAUUCAUUCGAUACGAGAGUGGAAUGACGUUCGUCGGUGCCCUAGGAAUGCUCGAUCCCCCACGAAGUGAAGUCAAGGAUUCUGUUCGUGAAUGUGAAGAAGCUGGCAUCCGCGUCAUUGUUAUUACAGGAGACAACAAGGGCACAGCUGAAGCAAUCUGCAGGCGAAUUGGCAUAUUUGACGAAAACGAAAGCACGAAAGGUUUGUCCUACUCUGGUCGGGAAUUUGAUGACCUGUCUCACGCUCAGCAGAAAGAGGCUUGCUGUAAAGCUAGGCUGUUUUCAAGGGUAGAACCUAACCAUAAAAGCAAAAUUGUUGAGUAUCUACAAGGAGUUGGAGAAAUCACAGCCAUGACUGGGGAUGGAGUCAACGAUGCUCCAGCUUUGAAGAAAGCCGAAAUUGGAGUUGCAAUGGGCUCAGGAACCGCCGUCGCCAAAUCAGCUUCAGAAAUGGUGCUUGCCGAUGACAACUUUUCUACCAUCGUGGCUGCCGUCGAAGAAGGGAGAGCCAUUUACAACAACACAAAACAGUUCAUUCGCUAUCUUAUAUCAUCAAAUAUAGGAGAGGUUGUAAGCAUCUUCCUCACUGCGGCACUUGGAAUGCCAGAGGCUCUCAUCCCUGUCCAGCUUCUUUGGGUCAACCUCAUGACAGACGGUCCACCUGCCACUGCUCUUAGCUUCAAUCCCCCGGAAGUUGACAUCAUGAAAAUGCCUCCUCGCGACCCAAAGGAAGCUCUUAUCAGUGGAUGGCUCUUCUUCAGAUAUAUGGCAAUUGGAGUUUACGUUGGGGUGGCUACAGUGGGCUCGUCUGCUUGGUGGUUUAUGUACUACGAGGCUGGCCCCCAGUUGAGCUUCUACCAACUCUCACAUCACCACCAGUGCACCUUGGACCCUGCUGCAUUUGCUGGCGUCAGCUGCAAUAUCUUCAAAAGCUUGGAACCAAUGACCAUGGCUCUGUCUGUUUUGGUUACCAUAGAAAUGCUCAACGCUCUUAACAGCAUCAGUGAAAACCAGAGCUUGCUCGUAAUGCCACCAUGGAGAAACUGGUCAUUGAUCACAGCAAUAACAGGCUCAAUGAUGAUGCAUUUUGUUAUUCUUUAUGUUCCAUUCAUGAAGCCAAUUUUCCGCGUAACCCCGCUCAACUGGACUCAAUGGAUGGCAGUGUUGAAAUUUUCAUUCCCUGUUAUCUUUUUGGAUGAGAUAUUGAAGACUGUUUCACGGAGCCUGCUCAAAUCAUCAGGUAAAGCAAAGAGAGAGUAAUGAAGAAAAAAGUUUUCUUGUUUUAAAACUCUCAAUUCGACAGAAUCUGGAGGCGUUUGUGAACAUGAAGCACACAACUAUUUGAUCGCAAAUACCGGCGACGUAGGCCGUUUUGAAAAGAUUUUUCAACUUUAAUAACAUUUGUUUUCAAUGCUAUUUUACCUUUCUUGCACAUUAAAUAUCUAUUCAUGGGGUAUUACAAAUGUAACUUAGCCCUUUCACCGUUCAUAGUCCAUUUUAUUUUAUCCUCUUUGCGUUGUUCUGCUAAAUUUAUUGAUAACAUUGCAAAGUCCUGUUAUGCCUUAGAAAACACAUUUGAUUUUUCAUUAUCAUAUGUUUUGACAUUACGCGGAAUUUUUAAAUCAGGGUAAUAGCUUUGUCUAAGUGCACCUGAUAUUUUGUCUGUUAAAAUGUGUUAUCUUAUUGAAUUAUGCCUUUCACGAGCUGGUCAACUGCUUUGAAAUAGCGAAAUAGCCUUGUGAUAAAAAACCAUGCGAUCAAGCUUCCCACAAACAAAUAAUCAUUCAUUCCUUUAUUCUAUGCUAAAAUAGAUCAAAUCGACUGUAGUAAAAGUUGGAAAUACUUUCUAGGGAUGUAAUUGUCGUUCUAGGGGUGUAAUCAUUCUUAAUAUUCUUUUAACUUUUCUUUGUCGAAGUCAAGGUCAUAACAUAAAAAUACACAUUGAUUUGGAGAUUA